CUACAGUAUUUUCGGUUUCCCCCCAAAACAUACCUGAACUUGGAACUGUUCCAGAAUACAUUUCCCAUGAUCUCACGAACGCGAAUUUGAGGUGACUAGUCCUUUCGUGAUCGUUCUCGCUCCUAUCACCUUGCGUACAGAUGCGGGUUCUAUUUCCAGCCGCUCUGCGCAUUGGGACCGACAUCAUCGCGACCAACCGUAUUCUCUGUCCACUCAAACCAGACAGUAAACGCUUGACCAGGCUAGCGCAACGGUUUCUGCAUGCAAAGGAGCUAGACGACCUUCGCCGUCGUUUUCCAUUAUGGACACAACUGGAAACUCAGGAUGAGUCUAAGCGACGACAGAUUGCCUCUUGGAUUGCCGGACGUUGGGCAGCCAAAGAAGCAGCUAAGAAAGCGUGGGAUGCUACAUUGUUGAGCUUUGGUGACUUGAGAGUCGAGACCGAGAUCGGAGGCCGCGUCACAAUGAUCUGCGAUACGAACGCUGAUCCGAAUACGUCGAUGGCCGGCAAAUUCACCCAGCAAACAGCACAAUUAAGUAUCAGUCACGACGGCGACUACACGAUCGCAGCAGUCCUCGCGACUCCUCUGCAUCAGGACAUCUCAACAAUCUUACAGCAUAGAAAGGCAGAAGCCGAAGCAAAACUGGUCGAUCCUCCUCUGUAA